AGCUGGGGUCGUAUAUAUGACAAAUAACUCAAAGACAAGAGCGGAGUUCCCCGGUAACUCUUUGGCUGUUUGGUGCUUUCCAUCCAUCUCUUUGGUUUCCUCAAGGAUUUCCUGUAUUUCCUGAAAGCAGAUAUGACUUUCUACAAGCACUCAGGCCCUCGCAGCUACCUGAGCUCCACCAUGACCGAGCGUUUCGACUGCUUCUACUGCAGAGAUAACCUGCAGGGCAAGAAGUACGUCAAGAAAGACGACAAGCCCGUGUGCGUGCGCUGCUUCGACAAGCUCUGCGCCAACACCUGCGCCGAGUGUCGCAAACCCAUCGGAGCUGACGCAAAGGAGCUGACCCACAAAAACCGCCACUGGCACGAGGGCUGCUUCCGCUGUGCCAAGUGCUACAAGCCGCUGGCCAAUGAGUCUUUUGCCGCCAAGGACGACGGGAAGAUCAUGUGUGGGAAGUGUGGAGACCGGGACGGGUCGCCUCGCUGCCAGGGCUGCUACAAAGUGAUUACGCCAGGCUCCAAGAACGUGGAGUACAAGCAUAAAGUCUGGCACGAAGAGUGUUUCACCUGCUUUGAGUGCAAGCAGCCAAUCCGCUCCCAGAGCUUCCUGACCAAGGGCGAUGAUAUGUACUGCACUGCCUGCCACGAGAAGAAGUUUGCCAAGAUCUGUGUCCGCUGCAAAGAGGCCAUUAGCAGUGGUGGAAUCACCUAUCAGGACCAGCCCUGGCACUCUGAAUGCUUUGUGUGUAACACGUGCAAGAAACCUCUGGCCGGAGCUCGCUUCACGGCCCAUGAAGAUCAGUUCUACUGUGUGAACUGCUAUAAGGCUGACGUGGCCAAGAAGUGCUCUGGAUGUCAAAAUCCCAUUACAGGAUUCGGCAGAGGGACCAACGUGGUAAACUACGAGGACAAAACCUGGCACGAAUACUGCUUUAAUUGCAAAAAAUGCUCCCUCUCCAUGGCCCACAAGCGCUUUGUCAUUAACGGAAAUGACAUCUACUGCCCUGACUGCGCCAAAAAGCUGUGAGGGCCUGAUACAGCUGAUUCAUGAGUUAACAUAGAAAUCAAGAAAUGUGUUGAAAUCUCGCAAUGCUUUGAGCGCUCAAGUUAAGAGAAACCAGUGAGGGUGUUUGCAUGAAUAAAUCACUGAGAUCACCUUCUUAGAGCAAAUAAAAAGCGCUUUUCUUAUGCAAAACAUAACUGCAAAUAUAAAUGCAAUCGCUGCAUUUACAAACCUAACAAUGCUUUUAAGCUUCAGUUGUUGCAAAGUUACGAUGAAACAGUGUGAUGUUAAAGUAGGAUACAACAUGCAAUAUUUUAAUAAACUCGUAUUGCUUUGUGGGAAAAA